GGUGAAGUUUUGUUGCGUGGCGUUGGAGUCGGAGAACUGAAACAGAGAGGAGCAAGAAAGUCAGCCUCUGGUAAGGGGUAAUUAGCUGCUCUGUCAUGCAUUCCCGAGCCCGAACAUGGUGGAACGGAGCCGUGGGUUGGAGAAUCUGAAACAUGCAAUCCUGUCUCUGAUCAAUCAAAUUCUCCAAAAAACAGGGCGCAAAUGCCAAACUCCAUCAUAGUAAAGAUCACUCAGAGUCGCAGUAGCUCUGAUUCCCAUUGGAAGAGCAGUACGAACAUUAAUGAAAGUAGUUAGGUUCCCAAGAGGGGACCAAUUGUGCUUCCAAAACAGGCAGGGCUACGUGUCGUCACGACGCGAGAAAGAUUAAAGAGCCCACACGUCACAAACUUGCUCAGGCCGCCCUUCCUAGUCUUCUCCAUAGACGUUAACUAAGCCCGCACGACUUUUUUUCUUCCCAUUCUCUUCAAUUUCAAAAAAAAAACGGAGAGGCCGUUGCAUCUUUCCAGCAACCGAUCGUCACCUUCUUUCAUCCUCCGGAAACAUCCGUUGCCCUAAUUUUGAAUCUCUUCAGCUUCCUUUGGCUUUGCCACAUCAGAUCGUUGCUAAAAUGGCUAAUACGAGGAACAUUUAUGAUAAUAAUGGUGUUGGAUCAGAAGACACUACUGUGUAUCGUUACCUGUGUCCCGCGAGGAAAGCAGGGAGCAUUAUCGGUAAAGGCGGCGAAAUCGCUAAGCAGAUGAGGUCCGAGACGAAAGCGAACAUGAGGAUCAACGAGGCUUUACCCGGUUGCGACGAGCGUGUUGUGACUAUUUACUCAACUAGCGAGGAGACGAAUUGCAUUGGAGGAGAUGAUGAUGAUGAUGAGGAGUUUGCUUGUCCUGCUUUCGACGCGCUUCUCAAGGUUCAUGAUAUGGUUGUUGCUGAAGAAGUGGGCGGUGAUUGUUAUGGUGAUGAGUAUAGUAGCGAGAAACAAAUAACGGUUGCUGCGAGGAUGCUUGUGGCUUCGGAUCAGAUUGGUUGCCUUAUUGGGAAAGGUGGACAAGUUAUACAGAAACUGCGUGAGGAGACAAAUGCUCAGAUUCGUGUUAUAAACGACAAUCUGCCUCUUUGUGCUUUGGCUUUGAGCCAUGAUGAGCUUCUUCAGAUAAUUGGAGAGCCCUUUGCUGUUAGAGAGGCUCUUUAUCAAGUUGCAUCUUUGCUUUAUGAUAAUCCGUCGCGGUUUCAGCACUACUUUCUGUCUUCUUCAAGUAGCCUGCAGCAGUCCGGUGGGAUGCUAAUGAGUCCUCCUCCACUGACGAGCUCUCACAGAAACUACUCUUCGUCGAGAGAUGUUGCUGAUGUAAGAGAGUUUUCUAUCUGCUUCAUCUGCCCAGCUGAAAAUAUUGGAGGUGUUAUAGGGAAAGGAGGCAGUUUCAUUAAUCAGAUUAGGCAAGAAACUGGUGCUGUCAUUAAAGUCAAUACCUAUGAAGCUGAUGAAGAUGAUGACUGUAUCAUUUUCAUAUCAUCAAAGGAGUGCUUCGAAGACCAAUCUCCAACAGUGAAUGCGGCAUUACGUUUGCAAACGCGAUUCAGCGAGAAAGUAGGGAAAGACUCAACAGAUUCUGCGAUAUCCACUCGUGUUCUUGUUCCUAGUUCACGAGUAGGGUGUCUCAUUGGGAAAGGUGGGGCUAUUAUAUCCGAGAUGAGGAGUGUCACAAAAGCCAAUAUCCGAAUUGUUCAAGGCGAAGAUGUACCGCAAAUUGCUCGCGAGGACGAGGAGAUGGUCCAGAUAACUGGAAGUCUUGAUGCAGCAAUCAAGGCACUCACGCAAGUGAUGUUAAGAUUAAGAGCUAGUGUGUUCGACAUGGAUCGUGGUCUUGUCUUGCUUCCAACGUUCUUUCCUUAUAUAUCUCAAGCGACGGAAACUUCGAGCAAGCCAAAGCAGAGGAAACGGGAGAACCAUUCUCGUGGUUCAGUGGAAACUGCUAGAAAUGAUGACUAUGGCUACCAAAUGAACUCAAAUUCCCAUAGAAGAAAUCAUGUAUAUUGAUCACUAGACCACUUCGAAAGGUUUAUUGUUCCAGUUUUAGACACUUAGAUUCUGGGCUGUUUAUUUUUUGGGUAAACACUUGGCGUUUUUUUGGGAUCCAAGGAAAAGGAGGUUUGUGUUCUUUUCAGUCUUGAGACUUUAUAAAUGCUGGAAGAUCUUGAAAGAAUCAUAAAUAUUUUGUUUUUGCAAUCUCAUGCAAACUUAAGUUUCAACAUUCAGAAGAAAUCAGAAUUCAGAAAUGGAAAAGGAUCAGUUUUGAUC